UAGACAAGGAGGCGGAAUUAUAAAAGCCCGCCUUUAUCAACCUCCUUAACAUUUCACUUACACAACCACCACCGCACUCACCUUCUUCUUCUUCUUACAGAAUUGUCUAACUGAUCAAUCAAUUAAAUGGCCCGAGAAGUUGUGAACCAAGAUGAGCCGGUUGUUCUUGGAGACGAAAUAGAGAACGUGCGGCUGAUCACCUUGAACCGGCCUCGUCAAUUGAAUGUCAUUUCAUCAGCAGUGGUGUCUCUACUAGCAAAAUAUUUGGAGAAAUGGGAAGAAGAUGACAACGCAAAGCUUGUCUUAAUCAAGGGAGCUGGCCGAGCUUUUUCUGCUGGCGGGGAUUUGAAAAUGUUCUAUGAUGGCAGGACAUCAAAGGAUUCCUGCCUUGAAGUGGUCUAUAGGAUGUAUUGGCUUUGUCAUCACAUUCAUUCCUAUAAGAAAACCCAGGUGUCUCUUGUUAACGGAAUUUCAAUGGGUGGAGGUGCUUCUUUGAUGGUGCCGAUGAAAUUCAAAGUUGUCACAGAAAAGACUGUUUUUUCCACUCCAGAAGCAAGUAUUGGCUUUCAUACUGAUUGUGGUUUCUCGUUCAUACAUUCUCGUCUCCCUGGGCAUUUAGGGGAAUUCUUGGCCUUGACUGGGGCUAGGCUAAAUGGCAGGGAAUUGGUUGGGGCUAGAAUAGCCACUCAUUUUGUCCCUUCUGAGAAAAUGGCUGAGCUAGAGAAGCGUUUGAUAAGCUUAAACACUGGGGAUGAGAAUGCUGUCAAAUCUGCAAUUGAAGAGUUUUCUGAGGAAGUUCAGCGUGAUGAAGGGAGCGUGUUAUUUCAGAAGUCAAUAAUUAAUGAGUGCUUCUCAAAGGAUACAGUUAGCGAGAUUAUAAAAUCAUUUGAAGCAGAGGCUGGCAAAGAAGGAAAUGGGUGGAUAGCUCCACUGCUAGAGGGAUUGAAGAGAUCAUCACCAACAGGAUUGAAAAUAACACUGAGAUCGGUGCGUGAAGGCAGGAAGCAAACACUGGCCGAAUGCCUGAAGAAGGAAUUUAGACUGACAAUCAACAUACUACGAAACACUAUAUCUGGAGAUGUCUAUGAGGGUAUUAGAGCUCUUACCAUUGACAAGGAUAAUGCUCCGAAGUGGGAUCCACCGACACUCGAGGAAGUUGAUGAUGGGAAGCUAGACCUGGUUUUCCAGCCAUUUGAAGAGGAUUUAGAGCUCCAAAUUCCAGAGAAGGACGAAUUCAGGUGGAAUGGGAAAUAUGAAGAUUCGGUGUAUGCAAAGCGUUAAGGUGACAGAUGAAGCGAAAUAAAGUAUUGGUGGGCAGCUUGAGAUGAAAACUAGAAUCAAUCAAUCGUAUAAUUCUAGGUGAUCCGAUCAAUCGCUUCAAUGCGUUGCCUUCCUACUACUCUUCCGUUAUCAUUUUCAAAUAAAAUUAUCACUUAUAUAAAGAAAGCUUGCAAUAUUUCAUGGCAAUAUGGGUUUUCAUUUUUUUUUUUUUUCUUCUUUUUUUUUUUUUAAUCAACGGUAGGAGUGUGUUAAUUGCAAGUUCUCCCCUGAAAAUAUCAUUGAAUAAACUUCUUCUCUCAAGUCCUCGAAUAAUAAUUUACCUAUAUUAUGUUA